AGUUGCUUCACAUGCGUACGUUCAGUUUGAAUUGAAACUUGACACAAACAUAUAGCGAAUAUAAGAAACAAAACAAACAAUAUUUUUGUCAACAGACAAUUGAACAGUUGAAGACAACACAAGAAGAAAGCAAACAAUAAUAAAGAUGUCGAUAAUUCCUCUGCUUCGGGAACUCGAGGACUCCUUCAGCGGAGUUGAAGACAUUUUAGAGGCCCCAUUUGGACUUGGAAUACAUCCAGUGGACAUAUUUCGACCUCGUCAUCGCUCCAUUGUUUUGCGUCCUCGCAAUCGUUACUAUCCUUACGUAAUAAAAUACCAGCAUCCAAUUAAAAAAUCCCCUGCCGAAAAGUCGGAUUCAAUCGUUCCCACUGUUGGCAAAGAUGGUUUCCAGGUGUGCAUGGACGUUUCGCAAUUUAAACCAAAUGAACUAACUGUAAAGACGGUCGAUCGGAUGGUAAUAGUUGAGGGAAAACACGAAGAACGUGAGGACGAGCACGGGCUAAUCCAAAGACAAUUUGUACGCAAAUACACGCUUCCUAAGGGUUAUGAUCCCAAAGAUGUCGUUUCUACGAUAUCUUCGGAUGGCGUGUUAACCGUGAAAGCACCUCCACCAGCCUUAGAAGAUAAAACCAACAAUGAACGGAUAAUUCAAAUUCAGCAGACCGGUCCUGCUCAUCAGAAUGUAAAACAACCCGAAAAACUGAAAAACACCCCAGACGUUUGCAAUGGAUCUGCGGAAAAAAUGGACACAAAAUAAUGCAGAGACUCUGGUUGGCAUUAGUUUAUAAUUUCUGACUGAUUAGUAGUUUUAAAUUCAUUUUCAUGUUAUUAUUGUAUUCGUUUUUUCCGAUUUGUUUCUUCAGCUCAUUUAAUCCUAAUAUAGCCUUACGCCAUUCCGUACGUUUUGUUUUAAAUAAAAAUAAAAAUACAUAUAUGUA